UGCCUGCUCACCCAGCCAGUCGGUCGGUCUGGGCACUGCGGCAGGCUCGGCUCUGUCCCAGCACUUGUCUGGGAGAAAAGUGUACUCAGCCAGAGAGAGGCUCGCUUCCUACCUUCCUUCUGUCUCGGCCUCUCCGUGUGCUUCUGUGAAUCUUUUUUUUUUUUUUUUUUACUUCCCCCCCUCCUUUUUUUUUUUUUUUUUUUUUGUUGGUUGUUGUUGUUGUUGACUUAAUUCUAUUCCUAAUCCUGGAUGAGGUUGCUGGAUUCUGCAGCACAAGUCUUCAUGAACAAGCAGCACCGCACAGAGAUUUCACGGCAUUCAAAGGUCACAGAACUGCCACUAUGGUUAAAUGUCUUGUUUAAUGGUUGAGAGGUGUGGCGAAAUCUUAUUUGAGAACCCUGAUCCGAGUGCCAAAUGUGUUUGCAUGCUAGGAGAUGUACGACUAAGGGGUCAGACGGGGGUUCCUGCCGAACGCCGCGGCUCCUACCCAUUCAUUGACUUCCGCCUACUUAACAAUACAACACACUCAGGGGAAAUUGGCACCAAGAAAAAGGUGAAAAGACUGUUAAGCUUUCAAAGAUACUUCCAUGCAUCAAGGCUGCUUCGUGGAAUUAUACCACAAGCACCUCUCCACCUUCUGGAUGAAGACUACCUGGGACAAGCAAGGCAUAUGCUCUCCAAAGUGGGAAUGUGGGACUUUGACAUUUUCUUAUUUGAUCGCUUGACAAAUGGAAACAGCCUGGUAACACUACUGUGCCACCUCUUCAAUACCCAUGGACUCAUUCACCAUUUCAAGUUAGACAUGGUAACCUUACACAGGUUUUUAGUCAUGGUUCAGGAAGAUUACCACAGUCAAAACCCGUAUCACAACGCCGUCCACGCGGCCGACGUCACCCAGGCUAUGCACUGCUACCUGAGGGAACCAAAGCUUGCCAGCUUCCUCACACCUCUGGACAUCAUGCUGGGACUGCUGGCGGCGGCAGCACAUGAUGUUGAUCACCCUGGAGUGAACCAGCCAUUUCUGAUCAAAACGAACCACCACCUUGCUAACCUGUAUCAGAAUAUGUCUGUGCUGGAGAAUCACCACUGGCGAUCUACAAUUGGCAUGCUUCGAGAAUCAAGGCUUCUCGCCCACUUGCCAAAGGAAAUGACACAGGAUAUUGAACAGCAGCUGGGCUCCUUGAUCUUGGCAACAGACAUCAACCGGCAGAAUGAAUUUCUGACCAGAUUGAAAGCUCACCUCCACAAUAAAGACUUGAGACUGGAGGAUGCACACGACAGGCACUUUAUGCUUCAGAUCGCCUUGAAGUGUGCUGACAUUUGCAACCCUUGUAGGAUCUGGGCGAUGAGCAAGCAAUGGAGUGAAAGGGUCUGCGAAGAAUUCUACAGGCAAGGUGACCUUGAACAGAAAUUUGAACUGGAAAUCAGUCCUCUUUGUAACCAACAGAAAGACUCUAUCCCUAGCAUACAACUUGGUUUCAUGACCUACAUCGUGGAGCCCCUCUUCCGCGAGUGGGCCCGCUUCACCGGGAACAGCUGCCUGUCUGAGAACAUGCUGAGCCACCUCGCCCACAACAAGGCCCAGUGGAAGAGCCUGCUGCCCAAGCAGCACAGGAGCAGGGCCGGCGGCGGCCCGGAGCCCCCAGGCCCGGGGACUGAGGCCGAGGAGCAGACAGUGGCCGAGGGCGACGCCCCCUAGAGCCGGGGGACGGAGGAAUCUCCCGCAGCCAGGCCUCCAGAGAGGGCGGACGCGCGCCCGGGGCCCCGCCGGCCCCCUCCGCCGCUGUCUGCGCUUUGUGCCCCGGGGGCCCUCUUUUGAACGCCACCCUCCUGCUACGGACCUGCCUCCCCUCCUCUUCCCAAGUUGUACAGAAGCCAUUUGUCACCUCAGCAUUCGCUGCCGAAACUCCAAUCAGGAACGUGGGAGCUGAUUCCAGGGGCAGGCUCGCCUCCCCCACCCACCCCUCGCCCCUCGAGGAGAAGACGGGGAGCGAGGAAGAGGGUCUGGGCCCCGUCCCCGCCGGGGCCCCGGGUCACCCUGGGUCACCCUGGGACGGGCAGCUCCAGCUUUUGCCAUCUGACUGCUGAACUGCAUGACAAAAACACCAGCAUAUUCGGACCGCCAAGGAUAUUGGUUGUUAGGUGCCAGAGCACAAAUGAGAACGGGAGAGAGAGUACCUUCUAUUUUAAUAAUAAUUAUUAUUAUUAUAAAAUAAUAAUAAAUCUUUUUAACUUUUCUAUUUUGUGCACUAAGACAAAGGAGCUGAAACUUUGGACUAAGAUUACUCAGUGUACCCAAACGUGCACGCGGGUUCAUUGUUUUCUUACUGACUUGAUGCCACUUGGGGUCAGAGAUUCGGCAUCUUCUCGACUUCAGGACCCACGUUUCCCAGCCGACCCGAGGGGAAGGUGCUGUACAGUUCAUUCCUUUGCACCAUCAGCCAAUCUGUCUUUUACGGAUUCCGAGACCUGUUUAUAUUCCCCCCGUGUACAUUUUCUUGUAAAUACCAAGCGCUACUGAUUCCCAUGCCAAAAUACAUGAGUAUUAUGGGAUCGCUACCUGUCUAAACAAUGGCACUGUGAACAGAAUACUGUUAGUUUUCAUACGAGAGAAUGCAUUUGUAAAUACGGUAUAGAGUUUAUUAAUAUACUAUGGUUUGCAGAUAAAGGCCUUAACUUUAAACAUCCUUUCAUGUCCUGAAAGCUGCCCAACUUAAAUCCUCCCAGAUGGCUCUCUGAACUGCCUGCCCCUGUCCAUCUUUGUGCUGUCCAGCUAAGUUCACAAAUCCAAAGCUAAUAAGGUCUUUGAGGAAACCUGUUGCAAAGCGGAUGCGUAUUCUGCUCGAAACUACAGUGUUUCACCCACAGCACCACGCGCCAUUUCCUGCCACCCACAAGACCCUUUCAGCCAGCCUGAAGCCACUUUUCAACACAGCGACGCCGCACCCUGUUUGAGCAGUGGCCUGAUAAGCUUGUGUUUCUGUGACUUGUGAUGGAACAGGGCAGUGCGUCAGCCUCCCACGAGACAUAGCCGGUCUCGAAAACCUUCUACCACCCUGUCGUCUCACCGCCAGGGAAUCCCCUGGUCCCAUACCACACAUUUGUCUGUUGUGGCUACAGUACCAAAGUACCUUUGGUUUAUGCUUGGCGUAUAUUUCUUUGGUGUGAACUGUAACUGGAUUUUUCUUUUUUUUUUUUUUUCUCUCUUAAUUCCAGGUGGACAACUACCCAACUGUUGAGCUGAAGUUAACGUUAUUUAAGUAAAGAAAAUAUUUCAGUUUUAUGACAGACGUUACCUUGCUGGCAGGUCACUGUGGUUAAUUAUGGCUCUAGCUAGCAGAGUCUCCUUGGAAUUUUGUUGCUGGUUGUGUAGUUUUUUUUUUUCCAGCAGACAUUUGGCCACAAAAUCCAUCUGUGACAGCGCCUUCUCUAGUCUGCUACGCUCUGUGCAUUGAACUUUUCUUUUAGAAGUUCUAGCAUACCUAAUGUCAGAUGAAAAUUAUCGCUGCCCCUUCUUUUUCACCUGAAAACAACAUGGUAGUGGAAGAAUGAUCAUUUCUGCUGCUCUCGAGCUGUUUCAUAAGCUGGUAGAAUGACCGUUAGCUCUCAUUUCCUAAGUGCAAUUGAUUUUAUGGGUUUUUUCCACCCCAUCAUGCAAAUGAAAUGUUAGAAAGGUGGCUGGCCUGUACCAGGUUCCUGUAGAGAGACUGAGGCUUGCAGAAUUCAGGGAAAUUUGGAAAAGCUGGUAGAAGAGGUUGUCAGAUGGUGCUAAAGCAAGUGUAAAGAUUUAUGAAAUGGGUGAAUGAUACGUUGAAGUCACUGAUAUGGGUAAGAAGGGAAGUUAUGAGGACUUAACACUCACUUUUUUUUAUCUGUAAUAGCUAUGAACUGACAUGUGUUUCUUUAUCACUUUAAUCUUCUGAAGCUUGUCAGCUCGGUGAGGCCCCAGAAGAGAAUGUGUCGGGUUUAGUCUUGCUUCCAGACUUCUCUUACUUUUAUGUGUUGAUGUGGAGAGGGGGCUGUUUUCAAUGCAUAUGAGAUCAAGGAAUGCAAUUGCUGGGGCUAAGAAAGCAGAAUUAGGACAGAAGGCACUAUUUUAGCUGGUGAGGCCUCUAUCUUGAGUUUAGGAAAUGGACUUUGAAUUAUAAUUAUAUCCUAAUUUAACUAAAUAAGAUUGGGUGAGGGAAUUCUUAGUAGUACCAAGUUAUAGGGCAAAAGAGUUUAUUUUACAAAUUAAGUCUUGAAGAAGAGCUCAAAUAUCUGAUGGCUAAGCCUACAGAAUUUCUACCAGUACAACCAAAAUCUGAAGUGAAGUGAGACAUGAUGUGUAACCAGAUGCACCAGUCUCCUUCGUUCGCCAUCUGGAGAUGUCAUGAGUUCCUCACUUGUUGGCAGAAGAAUGUGAAAGCUUUUUUUCUUGCCUAUCAGUGGCUCUUUCACUUUCAAUAGGGAGUCCAAUGGCUGGUUAGACGUCUUUCUUUACAAUCUUAUUCUUCUGGGCCACAGAUUCCCACUAGUUAGCUUACCAAGUUUAACUGCUUCAUCAGUUGAGAAGAAAGGCAUCAAAGGGCUAUUUUUAGAAGUAGGCCAAAAGGUGAAGUUAAGAUCAAAUUAAAUGAGAAUAUACAUCACUGCCAGGGCUGAUCGGCAAAAUGUGCUUUCCCUUUUUAUCACUGCAGUUAGUGACUAGUCAGACUUUAUUCAUGAAAUGCUGAUAUGAGCAUACCUCCUUGCCAGGCUGAGUAGAAACUUGCUCGCUUCCUCCUGUUCCCAGCUUCCCACGAUGGCCUGAGAGCGUCCCGCAGCCUGUCUGCAGGCAGUGCUUCCUACAGAGCACAGGCUUGUUUUGUGACCUUUCCUCAUGUUGAAUCAGAUCUGCUCCCAAAUUUGGAUUUGGUUAUAAGCUUAUAUCUCACUGUAUUUCUCAUGCUUUUUCCUUUGAAGCAAAUCCUUAAAAAUUGUGUUGUUUUGUGUACCCAUGUGAGGUUUGAAAAAAAAAAUCCACCUUGUGAGUUUUGCUCAAAAUGUGGCCUCAAUAUCCAUUGGCAUGUCUAGAUGAACAAUUAAAA